GCUCUGUUUCCAGUUUCCAUCAUAUCUGCAUAUUCCAUCUUCUCUUCGUCUUCAUCGCCGUAAUGUUUUCGCCAAGGGUUCCCUCUGUUUUCUUUCCUUUCUUCUUCGUUUUUAUUUUCCCUUUCGCUCAUUCUCAGUCGAAUUUCCCACAGAAUAUCGAAACUUUCUUUCCACAGCUCUCUUCUCCUCCACCUCCUCCUCCUGUAUUUCCCCCGCCCACCCUUCCAAACAGUCCUCCUAUCUCUCCGCCAACUCCAUUGACACCGCCACCGCCCACUCCAUCGUCGGACUCGCACAACGUCGCUAAGGCCGUCGCAGCCACCGCUGCCAGCACUCUUGUCGUUGCCGGUGUCAUCUUCUUUUUCCUUCGGAGGUACACCGUCAAGAGACGUCGUCGCCAGGAUGAGAAAAAUCCGACGGUUUUCCGCCCAGGCAAGGUUAUGGCUUCCCGGGACGAGUUCAAGAGAUUCGACCUCAAAGGGGUGAUUGUUGACGAGAAUGGUUUGGAUGUACUCUAUUGGAGGAAGCUUCAGGAUGGACAGCGUAAGAAUAGUUUCCGUAAGGAAGUCAUUCCUAACCGUAAUAUUGAUGGAGGAGAACCGGAGACUCGUAGAGGAGGAGAUCGAAGCAGGAGAUCUGAACAAAAUCAAGAAUCACCAUUGCUUAGCGAGAGCUCUUCAACUUCCUCUACGCAGAUUAGGCCGGCAGUACGAGAGCCACGUCAGAAAAUGGCUGACCUUUCUCCUGUGUAUGAUUGGAUUCCUCUUCGCGAAGUGGACAAACCACCAUCACCAACUCCACCACCAACGCCUCCACUCUCAGCACUCCCCGUCCCACGACCUCCACUCUCAGAGCCCUCACCUCCACGGCUUCCACUGUCAACGUCCCCACCACCGCCGGCGCCGCCACCACCCCAAUCACGAUCAACUGCACCACCGCCCUCACGUCCUCCUCUGCAAACAUCACAGGCGAUUCCUGAAAAGAAAAGUCAGGUAGCACCUCCUCCGCCUCCAGCUCCUACGAAGAAAGCUCCAGCACCACCACCGGCUCCACCAUCUAAACCGGGAGGCGCUGCACCCGGAGGGAAAUCGAUCAGAAGUGCGCAUGCAGAGGCUUCAUCAUCGAAGGAGACGGGUGCUGGCCAAGUGAAGCUCAAGCCGUUGCACUGGGAUAAGGUGACGGCUAAUGCCGAUCACUCCAUGGUCUGGGACAAGAUUAGUGAGGGUUCAUUCCGGUUUGAUGACAAUCUCAUGGAAGCUCUGUUCGGUUACAUGGCCACGAACCGGAAGUCGCCUGAAAGAAGUAGAGCGUCAACGAAUCCGAACAGCUCCAAGUCUGGCCCGCCUGCACAAAUAUUCAUCCUCGACCCCCGUAAGUCCCAAAACAUAGCAAUAGUACUUAGAUCCCUCGCCGUUUCUCGCCAGGAAAUCCUUGAUGCCCUCCUUGAGGGGCGAGGCCUUAGUGCUGAUACCCUAGAAAAGCUUACCAAAAUUAGUCCAAGCAAAGAAGAAGUAGCCGAGCUACUUGCAUUCGGAGGCAACCCCACCAAACUUGCCGAUGCUGAAUCCUUCCUCUUCCACAUCCUGAAAGUUGUUCCCUCCGCUUUCGCCCGUCUCGAAGCAAUGCUUUUCAGGUUGAAUUACGAACCAGAAGUCAUCCAGCUCAAGGAAUAUCUACAGACACUUGAACUAGCUUGCAAGGAACUCCGAAAUCGUGGGCUUUUCUUGAAACUUUUAGAAGCCAUCCUAAAGGCAGGCAAUUUGAUGAAUGCUGGAACAGCAAGAGGUAAUGCGCAAGCGUUCAACCUCAAUGCACUUCGAAAGCUUUCAGACGUUAAAAGUAUAGAUGGAAAGACUACGCUCCUUCACUUUGUUGUGCAAGAAGUAGUUCGGAACGAAGGCAAACGCUGUAUAAUCAAUAGGAAUCACAGCCUCGGUCGAAGUAACAGCGGGAGCAGCACCAACAGUAGUGGGUGCUCCGAGUCUUUGGUUGCAAAAGAAGAACGACAGAAGGAGUAUAUGAUGCUCGGGCUGCCGGUGGUCGGAGGACUUAGCGUUGAGUUCUCUACCGUAAAAAAAGCAGCGACAAUAGACUACGAUACCUUAGUCAAAACAUGCUCCACUCUAGCAGCCCACGUUGCCCAAACUCGGGAUAUCUUGAUAAGAUGCAGUGUCAACGAGGGACAUGGGUUUGUGAGGGAGAUGAAAGGAUUCGUAGACAAAGCUGAAGAAGAGCUCAAGGCAUUGAGGGAGGAACAAACGAGGGUAUUGGGUCUUGUGAAGAAAACAACAGAGUAUUACCACGCAAGAUCUUCCAAGGGGGCUUACCCACUUCAGUUAUUUAUUAUAAUCAAGGAUUUUCUGGGCAUGGUUGAUCAAGUAUGCAUUGACAUUGCUCGGGAUUUGCAGAAGAAGAAGACAACGAGCGCCGGUACAUCACCACCAAUGUCACCCAUAAAGAAGAUUACGGUGAGGUUCCCGAAAUUGCCGCCACAUUUUAUGUCAGACAGGUCCAGGAGCUCUUCUGGUUCCAGUGAUUCGGAUGACGAUUUUUGAAGAGGUGUCAAUAUUUGAAUCCUCAAAUUAAGGAUUUGAUUACUGUACAUAAUAAACAGGAAUAGUAGCUAAGAGUAGGAGAAUGGAACACACAUAGCUCGUUGAGUAAAUUAUUAAUUGAUCAUGUCAUUGCGUUGAUUCUUUACUUAAUAUCGAAUUGUUGGAGUCA